AAAAGAAAAAUUGAAGAUCAAACGAUGUCGCGAGGAAAAUCCGAUGAUUCGAGCAAUUUGAUGGAAAUUGAAAAUCACCAAUCGGCUACUAAGAAAGACGAAUUUACCGAGAGUUAUACGGAGAAUCUUACCCGGAGAUUAGGGGAGCUGGUGGCCGAGAGACGACGCGCCGCUGAGGCGCGUGUGGCUGAGGUGCAUGCACUUUUCGUGCAUUUGGAGGCUAAGCAGAAGGCACUCAGGAGGAGUGAGAUGGACAAGAAAUUGGCAGAUCCGGUCACCAACAAAAUCAUUAUUUCUGCAGCAGAACAAUUCGUGGAGGAUUACCAAAAUGCUUUGGACUCUGUGAGAGAGGAUUUCGCCAACUAUAUUUCAGCCGCCACGAACGAACCCCACCCGCCGCCGCCGCCACUGCCGCCGCAAAUCGCAUUCCCGGAGAUGCUACCACCAUCGCCGAUCCUCGACGCAAACUCGGUUGACUACGACGACGACGUGGCGGAGACGAGAUGCAACGAGCUGGAUUGCUAUCACGAGAAACAGAGUGCGGAGGCCGACCAGAUUAGAGAAUACGACAGGAGGGCGGCUGCGUUAUCGAAAGAAGCUGACCAAAACCGCCCGCCAUGGUACUCCGACGAUAUUGAGGAUACACUAGUCUUGUUUACGUACAAACUCAUAUGCGCAACCGAGGCUUGUACCGAUAAAUUGGGAGAUACGGGCGUUGUUAACCUAGCCACACAUGAAGCAUCCAUGCGGUGGCUCCAAGUGUUUCGACAACUCAUUGAUCAAUCGAAAGAUCACGAAGAUUAGUUAAAUUAGUAUAUUGUAGUAUACAUUGUUUAAUUUGUCCUAAUUAUUAGUGAUGCAGCAAGCAAAACAUCGAUAAAUUAAUAACCUCGUUUCAAUAAUAAUAUUUUUUCCUGGUCCCAACUAGCUAGAAGAUCGACCAUGUGUUGAAUUUUUUUUUCUUUCUAAAAUAAUAGAAUUUGGCUGGUCGAACUGUAAUUAUUAUUAAUAGAGGUUUAACUCUAUAUUAUGGUCUAGCUAGUGACUCAUCUUGGUUGCAAUAUUUGUAUUCUCACUGAUUUUCAGGUCUACCAAAAGAAGGUCACAUUUCAUAAUUUUUUUUAGUGAUACUAUUUGUAAUUAAUUAGUGAAUUAACUUAUAUAUCUAGCAAUUUUGAUGGUUAUAUAAUGAAAAAAAUGAUUGUGUUUUUAGUGAAAAGUUAUAAUUAAUAUUAGAAUUUUAUAUAUUUGUCAAUAAAGAAUUUAGACUUACAAUAUUUAUUUAUGUCAAAAGAAAUAGAACAUAAUAAUCACAAGGGUCAUAGUUAAAAAAAUAUUAUUGAUAAUUUUGUUAAUAUAUAAAUAUAUGUUCAACAAUUAUAAGGACUAAUACAAUAAAAUUACAUUAUUCAGAUACAAUACAUUUUCAGUUAUCAAACAAACUUAAACGUUCAGUGUUCUACAUUCCGACAUUGGUCUUAAUCAUUCAGCCAUGUAUUUAACAUUCAACGUUAAUCGAUUAAUUUUGUCAAACAUAAACUCAUAACAGUCAUUUACAUUUUGCACCGAUGUAAACAUUAUUUUCAUAUUUUACAAAUGGUUUAAUACUUCAACCCCAAAUUAAUACAACCAUAAAAGCAAACAUAGGUUUCAAAUUUGACCACUAAAUUGAAUCGUAACAUAUAUCCAACUUCAUUAAAUUCCUACCAAAAAAUACACAUAUAAAAAUACAUCUAGACCAUUACACAUUUCAUCAAAUCCAAAAGAAACA